GAGGAAGUCACAAAAUGGUGAUUUCCGGGACAGGAUUGUGAGAGGUUUAAAUCAAAUCGUAUAUUGGGUGGAAUUCUUCACGAUACAUUUCAUGCUGCUGCUGCUUUAAGGCUCUUCAGUCAUGUCUGCUGAGAUCAUGAAAACCCCCUGUGCCGUGUCCAUCCGUGGCCCUGGUGACGGCAUGGAGACGGCCAAACCUGCACCGAGCCCGGAGAUAUCCGUGGAGACUCCGCCUCUCAAGACACCGAGACAGUGUCCCAGGACUGCGCCAGCGUCCCCUGGUGUCCUUCACCUGGGAAAAGUGAACAAGGAAUCCUGCACUGAGGUAGAGGCCGUGCGCAUCGUCGUACCGCGCGCCGCCAUCAUCCGGAGCGCCCGAGCCGGUGCCCACGCUGACGGCAAGACGGAUGAAAGAGGAUCAGGGUCUCCUCACCACGGUGAAGAUCGUCCCCCGUCCCCUUCCUCAGAACCACAGGACUAUAAGAGCCUUGUGGAGAAGCUGCAGAACUCCGAGCGCAGGCUGCUGCAGGACAAAGAGGGGCUUUCCAACCAGCUGCGGGUUCAGACCGAGGUAAACCGUGAGCUGAAGAAACUUCUUGUGGCCUCAGUAGGCGACGACUUGCAGUAUCACUUCGAGCGACUGUUGCGGGAGAAGAACCAGCUCAUUCUGGAGAACGAGGUUCUGGGACGCAACCUGGCGCAUACGGCCGAGCAGCUGGAGCGCAUGAGCAUUCAGUGUGACGUGUGGAGGAGCAAAUUCCUCGCCAGCCGAGUGAUGGCUGAGGAGUUGACCAACGCCCGGGCUGCUCUCCAGCGACAGACUCGAGAGGCCCAGACUGCCAUCCAGGACCUGCUGCGUGAGCGAGAGGAGUUCUCCCGAGAUAUGAUGCACACACACAGGUCUCUGGAGCAGCUGCUAGUCUCGCUACAGUGGGGUAGACAGCAAACCUAUUACCCCAGCGCACAGCCGCUCAGCACCGGAGAACUGGCUGUGGCCAAUCACAAGCUGGCUGAAGCUAUCAACUCGCACCUGCUGGGAAACGCGGACAAGAGCAGCACCGGCGUGAAGAGCAGCUCGGCUUCAGAACUCUGCAACACUCCGGCUGAGAAGAUGGCGGAAAAGGUACUCAGGAUUCUGGAUCCCAUAUCCUGCCCGGACGCGGCGGGUGACUCGGCCAUGAGCGACUCCACCCCUUCUCCUUUCCUUCCUAAUAAGAAAAGCAUCGGACGUUUCCACCCGUACACCCGCUACGAGAACAUCACCUUUAACUGCUGUGAACACUGCACCGGAGAGCUGCUCGUACUCUAAAACCGUCACAUUAAAGGAACACUUUGUGGUUUUUUUUUUUUUCCCUUUCUUUCUUUUUCUUCCUUCCUCUUAAACCCCAGUCUCCUAUUUACUCCAUCUGUCGUGUUUAAGAUUUACUACAAACAAGACCAGAGACGAAAAACUGGUUUAUUUGAAACCGAAGGGCAGAUGUGGAAUUCCGUCAAUAAGGAUUUAAAACACACGACUAUACGGUACUGGGCAAAAGUUUGUACACCCCUUCAAAUUCAGUUUUUUUCUCAUAUCAUCUCUAGCUGCUUUAUCCUGUUCUACAGGGUCGCAGGCAAGCUGGAGCCUAUCCCAGCUGACUACGGGCGAAAGGCGGGGUACACCC